CAGACUCGCGGGCGCGCUGGGACCCGGAAGCACUCGCCGAGGCCCCGCCCCGCCCCGCCCGUCUUAGUGCUGCCGGGGGCGGAGCGCGCUCUUUCUGCCGACGCGCUCGUGGUGGUGGCAGCAGGCGCACUCGACAUGCAGAACGACGCCGGCGAGUUCGUGGACCUGUACGUGCCGCGGAAAUGCUCCGCCAGCAACCGCAUCAUCGGCGCCAAGGACCACGCUUCCAUCCAGAUGAACGUGGCCGAGGUUGACAAGGUGACAGGCAGGUUCAACGGCCAAUUUAAAACCUAUGCUAUCUGCGGGGCUAUCCGCAGGAUGGGUGAGUCAGAUGACUCCAUUCUCCGACUGGCCAAGGCCGAUGGCAUCGUCUCAAAGAACUUCUGACUGAAGGCAUCACAGAUGUGAAAAUUGUCAUAAAUAAAUAGUGGAAACACC